AUGGGGAUAGCAGGAGAAAGUCCUCGAAGUUUCAAGCAGAUUAACCAGAUCGUAUCCCAAAGUUCUGUCCCCAACCUUCAUGCACUUCUGAUCGGAAUCGAUACAUACACAACAGUAACGCCACUCUCAGGCGCCGUAAAUGACGCGCACCAGGUUGAACUUUUUCUUCGCUUUGGGCUAGAGGUUCCGCAGAAGCAAAUAAAUGUUCUGAAGAAUGAACAAGCUACACGCUCCGGAAUUCUUGGCGCCAUCAAAGCAUUGCGUCGAAAUCCCGCAAUUAAAUUGUUUGAUCCAAUCUUAAUUUACUAUGCAGGGCACGGUUGUGAGGUUAAGUCGCCACUGGUUGAGCCUGGCAACCCCGAAGGAAAAACAGAGUGCCUAGUGCCACGGGACGUGUGCAAGGGGGAAACAGGUAGAAAGGAGAUCCCCCUAAUCCCAGAUUACACUAUAGCAGCUCUCCUUGAUGAGUUGGCUGCAGAGAAAGGGAAUAACAUCACGGUCAUACUUGAUUGCUGCCAUUCAGCUAGCAGCACUCGGGGUAUUCAUCUGGAAACUUCCGCUAAGCUGGAUCUCAAAAUAGCUGGAUUUUCUCAAAUACUUCAACUUCUGAGCGUGCCCCAGCGCUCACUGAGUCCGGAUGAACUUCCUCCGCUAACAAGAGACACAGACAAAGAAAUAUUUCAAGUGUAUAAAGAGAUCGUAUCAAAUGGCAGAUGGAUUAAGUUGAUGGCUGCCUUCUAUUUAUGCCACAGUCGUUUGAAUAGCGACGAACGGGAAGGAAGUAGCGUGAAAUCCAGAGCGUCUCUUCCAUCAGUCAAUCAGCUCGUUGCGGAUCAUCUGAGGCCAGGGCGCUCUCACGUUCUUCUUGCAGCAUGCGGCCAUACCGAACGAGCUUAUGAAGAUCCAAAAACCAAGAAGGGAAUAUUUACUGAUGCUCUCCUUCGACUAUUGAAGUCUCGGCCCAUUACCGAGUUAACUUACAAGGCUAUUUUUGAAAAUUUUCCAAAUCUGUCGAUUUCAGGCACGAAAGUCAAUCAGAAUCCGGUUUGUGAAGGAGCGAAUGCUACCAGGAUGUUCCUCAGGGCUCCUAUUCUAGGGCAACGCUGUUCUUACAUAUCUAUGACAGGGCUUGGCUCCAAGUACACAUACGAUGAUGUUUCCUGGCUCAGACCCAUCGAUUAUUCGACAUGUAAAACCUUCAUAGCUCAUACAUGCACGGAGAGUCCUAGAGUAAGCCCAUUGCGAUCCUGGUGCGAACUAAACCCCGAUGCCGAAGCUCCAGCUCAACUCUGUGCAAGGCUCGUCGAACGAGGGAGCUUUCACUCAUUCCAGGUUACUCUUAGCGAUGAACUGAGGAUGCGACAUGGGAGGUUAGCGAAAGAACUCGAAGAAAAGUUCCAAGCCAAAAAACAAGGGAUACAUCUGGUAGAGUCCUCGCAUAGGUCUAUCUCGGACGUCGUUGUGGAUAUCCAAGUCGACGAAAGCGAUGGCGAAUGGAUAACCUUCACGCUUUCCUCGCUUUCAACGAGCCUGCCGUUUAGGUGUCGCCUCGAUGCUAUGCGAAUCUAUAACAUUUUAUUCUCUAUGGCACAGUGGAAUUGGCACCUUAAUCGGGUACCACAUAGAAUUUUCAAACCUACAAAGGAAUUAGCUGAACUCACCGUAUACAAGGUUGACAGUUUUGGUCUCAACAAACUCCCUAUAAAGGACGGAUCAAUAAGUAUCCCAGCAUCUAGCGGAUGCCGAUUUGCGUUCAAGAUACGCAGUUUUCACAAUAAGCACCUGUAUGCCUACCUGUUCUACUUCAGUACAGCAAGCCAAUCAAUCAGGCCGCUUUACUUGAGGGUUUAUGGAAGUGGACAUGUGGAUCCCCAUAUCGAGCCGCGUGGAAAGCUCACUAUUGGGUAUAGUAAUAAUGAUAUGAUAUCGGGACCAAUAUCCUUCAGAAACACGCCAGACGUUGGAUACCUGAGAUUAUUUCUCACGUCGUCACCCGGAGACUUCGACUCUAUGACGCAAGCAUCUCCGUUCCUACCAAGAAUGAUGUACACUGCUAGCACGCAAAUUAAAAAUGGUGGGGAGUAUCUAGAUGGAGUGGAGAUAAACAAAUUGGCAACUUCAUCACACCGCCUGGAUGACCAAGUGCGAUCAGAGCAUCCCGACAUUGCCGCAAAUUCUUCCAUAGAUUUACAGGCCGAAGAACACUCAACUUCUCUAGACACUAUUUCCAAGCCCAUCCUCGGCUCUUCAAGGUCAUCUCCCCAACUUGCUCAAGAGGGAGAGCUAUUCAACAUCAAACAGCGUUCGUCACGGGUUUGCUUGUCCCGAAUUCAGACGAUUGAAAAGCUCCAGGAAAAUCCCGCGUGGAUGGAAAAGCAACUCUGGGAUAUGAUAUCUCUCAAGGUGUCCAUAUGUGCUUGA